AUGAGCUCAGACGACAUAGACGCCCUCCGUUCAGAGCUGCUUCGGCAGAAGAUUAUAUUCGAGGCGGAGCUGCGCCGCCAGCGUGAGACGUUUGAGGAGCGGCUUUCACUCAUCACCAAUGAGCUGGCGGAUCGCGAGGCAGAUUGCCGCAAUCUUCAGUCGGUCAUCACCAUCCUCGGCCGCAAAGUGGACGCCAUCGCGGAGCAGCGUCAGUACAUUGCCGUAGUUCACCGUCCACCUACACCAACGCGCCAGCCCAGCAUACAUGAGAGCCCGUUCCGUCGUGAGACCUCCGCUCUCGUGCCGCCCCCGAGUAGCAACGGUGAUGCGCAAGAACACGAGCGCGCCACCUCGGUGAAGAAGAGCAGCUCGCGCCGGCCCUCGCCGUCCCUCAACGCCCCCCCGGCGUUUGUGCGGCGCUCGGGCAUGCCCAUCACCCGGGUUGCGUCUAUUAGUGCCCUCAGCCGUACAAGCAGCCCGCACGUGCAUGGACACGCUGCCCGUCCGCUUCUCAGGACAAACACGUCCGCUACCGUGACGAGCGAGGGGAAUAGCAACAGUGAAAAGCGUGCGCUGCGGCACCGCGCUGUGUCGAAGCGGCGCACGAGCAGCGUAAGUCACCUCGCGGGCCUCAGGUCUACAGAUGACUGGUAA